AUGACGGAGGCAGAUUCAUCGGUUCAAACACGAGAAAUCAAAAAGCCUAAAAAGAAAAAAAAGGACAACACAAAGCAACGCACUCACGCACCGUACCGUAUGGCGGAAGACGUAGCGGGCGAAGGCCUCUUUGAGCGGCUUCGUCUGCAUCAGCAACGCGCGCCAGACUCUACCGAAGUAGCGCGCGGCAUCACCGCACGAAUCAAUUCACGUCUCUCAUCACAUGAUAAGCAUAUUCGUCAAAGCACUCUAGACAAACUAUGGAACAAGCAAUUCGGAGCUAUACAAAUGUUAUUGACCAUACUGGAGAACUCAAGAGACACGGCAACGUCGACUUAUAUCACAUCAAUAUUGCGGGAAGCGUUAUGCUUAAAACAGGGGAAGGGUAAAAAAUGUUCAGUAGCUAAUGAAGCAGCAGGGGUCAAGAAAAAAGAAAAUAAAAAGACAGGCAAAGAGAAUAAGAUUCCCGUUCUAAAAAAGGCAAACAACAUCGCCAGACAGCAGUGUUCUCAACACUUCAUAUCAUUGAACGGUACUCAGAUCGUCAUCAGAACAUUGCUCGCUACUCACAGUAAGAGGGAUAGCAAUGUGAGCACAGAGUUAAUGCUGCAAGAUCUCGUUUGGAUACUUGCUGCAUUAGCACCUAAAGAUCCAAAAUUUGCGAUGAAAGUUAGAAUGUUGGGAUGUGUUAGGACAAUACAUCUUAUACUAAAAGGACAUUUUACAGAUAAUAAAUUAAUUUUCCCUUUACUCGUUAUUAUGAAACAACUUGCAAAAAACGCUGUUACAACGUCUAUUUUGAUACGAGACGGUGUAAUCUCAACGUAUGAGAGAGUACUAGUAAGUCUUGGCUUCAUCCCCACCGCCCGGCUCCGGCUCUGUCUCGACGCUAUCGAUUACUUCAGUAAAAACAAGGUAUGCUGCAUGCAGAUCGUGAAGACAGGGCUCUGUAGCGUUCUCCUCAGGGUGUUCGACCGCUGGGACCGCUACGAAGGCCGCAUGCGGCUCAAGAUUUGCGCUCACAUCCUACAAUCUUUACAACACCUAUGCAAUAUAAAAGCCGGACGUCGAGCUCUAUGUACAAAAAAACAUGUACAAACACUCCAUAGAUUUUGUUCACAAUGUCCGGAUGAGAUUGAAUUUGAUGGACUUUUGGCGCGAGUGUGCUCCGUAAUUACUUUGUGCCUUAAGCAUCAGGCCCUGCCAGUGCCGGGGUCCAGUCCUGCCUCGUUUAACCUCAAUCCAAUUAUAAAAGGUACCAAUACUAUGUGGCCCUGCCACGAAGAUGAUGACGCGAAUUCGGACUCUAAAACAAUAAAUUACGAUUUAGAUGAUGAUGGACCUGACAGUGAUAUCGAUGCCACCGAUGAGUUUCCCGAUGUUGAACUCGAGGAAAAUGAACUAAAAAGUAACGAUGGCAUAGAAAAACCUCAUACUAAAAGCGGGGAAAGCUUACAAAGUACUUUAUGGUUCAACCCAAAUGAGAGAGAAAUAGAAGACUUAAAAAAAUACUGUAUUUAUUUUAAAGAAUUUGGUUCAUAUAAUAAACAAAUAAGACAAGUGAAAAGUCGAUCAAAUUCACGAGGAUCAAUAUUAGACGAUAUAUUUGUGUCUCCUAGCAGUCGCAGUCAACCGUCGCCCUCAACUCUUUCUUUAGCCACAGUUUUAGGUAAUACAGAUUAUGAAAACGUUUUAGGACCACAAACGUUUUCAUUUCUCCAGGGAUUUCACAAAAUACAUGAGAGUACCUCAACUACUUCCUGUUCCUCAUUAAAAAUUCAUAAAGACAUAUCAAAAUAUGUUUCUUUCGCAACUGUUUAUUCAACGAUCUCAUCUAGAGUUAAAAGCAUAAUACCAUUUGUCAAAGUCGCCUAUCCUGACAUGACCGGUGGACAAGGCUCCAUACAACCGGAACCUUUGAAUAAAAUGGAAAGAACCGCUUGCAGAAGCAAAUUACUAGCGUGUGUGGAACGAGCAAUAAAUCCAGAAGCUUAUAUGAAUGAAGUUGUAUAUGACUUAGAUGCUCUUUGUUCCGCUAGUACGGCUGCAGAUGCUUCAGCACAAAAAAGUAUAAGUAACGACAACUUAUUGCUGAACAACACUGAUGAACAAGAGAUUACGAAAGUUAAUAGCUUUUCAUCACGACUUAGCUUCGAGUCAAGAUUUGAAUCGGGAAAUCUUAGAAAAGCAAUACAGGCAUGUCCAAGAGAAUAUGAACUAAUUUUAAUGCCAGACGUAAACUCAACAAAACGUCACCAGUGGUUCUACUUUGAAGUGCGCAACAUGCAGCAGGGCCGUCCGUACAUUUUCAACAUUGUCAAUUGUGAGAAAUCUGAUAGCCAGUUCAAUUUCGGAAUGAAGCCUGUUAUGUAUUCCGUGAAGGAAGCCGUUCUUGGAAGGCCAGGCUGGGUUAGGACUGGCUCAGAAAUUUGCUACUACCGCAACAGUUACCACUACGCUAAUCAGAAAACCAACAAGUGCUACCUCACGGUUACCUUUAACAUCGAAUUCCCUCACACCAACGACGUCUGCUACAUCGCGUACCACUUUCCUUUUACGUACUCUAUGAUGAUGACCAGAAUAUGGCAAUGGAGUGCUCAACUACCUCCAAACACUUACUUUCGUGCAGAGCCUCUCUGUUAUUCCCUAAACAACAACGAAGUACCACUAUUGACAAUAUCUGCCGAGGAUAGUCCAUCUAACCCAAUAGUGGACAGAGAUAUAAUCUUCCUAACAGCCCGCGUGCACCCCGGCGAGAGCAACGCAUCGUGGGUGAUGGACGGCACGCUGGCUUGUUUGCUCGCUGCCACCACGCUCGCCGCCGCGCUUCGCGCCAAAUACGUGUUCAAGAUUGUGCCUAUACUCAAUGUGGAAGGAGUUGUUAAUGGAUGG